CACAGCUGCAGCUCCGACAGCACAGCACAGCACAGCACAGCACUGGUUAUCCGGGGAUAUCGCUACUGCUGUUUCUUCUCAGCUAUUGCUCUCCCUUUUUAAGACAAAAAGCAGAUUGACACAACAGGGAAGGAACUGGCGAAAGAAAAACAGAUACCCAAAAUAUAAAACAAUGGCAGAGCUUGGAGCGGGGAGCUUGCUGCCAGGGGAGCCUACGUUAAGUUACCAGGAGCACGACCUCAGCGAGCGUUUGAGGCGGCUGUACCCGGCCGUGAACGAGGAAGAGACCCCCUUGCCCCGAUCUUGGAGCCCCAAGGAUAAAUACAGCUACAUCGGGCUCUCCCAGAACAACCUGCGUGUGCAUUACAAAGGCCACGGGAAGAACCACAAAGAUGCAGCGUCCGUGAGAGCCACCCACCCUAUCCCAGCGGCCUGUGGCAUCUACUACUUUGAGGUGAAGAUCGUCAGCAAGGGCCGAGAUGGGUACAUGGGGAUUGGACUGUCUGCCCAGGGGGUCAACAUGAACAGGCUGCCGGGCUGGGACAAACACUCCUAUGGUUACCAUGGCGACGACGGACACUCCUUCUGCUCCUCAGGGACAGGCCAACCAUACGGCCCGACCUUCACAACGGGUGAUGUGAUUGGCUGCUGCGUGAACCUCAUCAACAACACAUGUUUCUACACCAAGAACGGACAUAGUUUAGGUGUGGCAUUCACAGACCUUCCUCCUAACUUGUAUCCCACAGUAGGACUGCAGACUCCUGGUGAGAUUGUGGAUGCUAACUUUGGCCAGCAGCCAUUUGUGUUUGACAUAGAGGACUACAUGAGUGAGUGGAGGGCGAAGAUUCAUGGCAUGAUCGCUCGCUUCCCCAUCGGAGAGAGGCUCGGAGAGUGGCAGACAGUGCUGCAGAACAUGGUGUCCAGCUACCUGGUGCAUCAUGGGUACUGUGCCACAGCCAUGGCUUUUUGCUCGAGCCACAGAACCAUGAUCCAGGAGGACCAGACGUCCAUAAAGAACAGACAGAGAAUACAGAAGCUGGUCUUGGCAGGUCGUGUUGGAGAGGCCAUCGAUGCCACACAGCAGCUGUACCCUGGGCUCUUAGAACGCAACCCCAAUUUACUCUUCAUGUUGAAGUGUCGGCAGUUUGUGGAGAUGGUGAAUGGUACGGACAGCGAGGUACGAUGCUUUAGCGUCCGCUCCCCCAAACUCCAGGACAGUUACCCCGGAUCCCCCAGCCAAAGCCCCCGGCAUGGGCUUCCCAACCCCCACCUCCACAGCACAGGGGCAGACAGUCCCGCAUGCAGUAAUGGAGUCACCCCUUCUAACAAACCCAAGAGCCACAGUAAAUAUCCCGGAGCUGGCUCCGCCUCCUCCUCCCCUUCAUCCUCACCCUCCUCGGUCAACUACUCCGAGUCCAACUCCACUGACUCCACCAAGUCCCAGCCCCACAAUGCCACUAGCAACCAGGAAACUAGUGACAGUGAGAUGGAGAUUGAGGCGGAGCACUACACUAACGGCGUGGCAGAGAACUCGUCCACCCGCGUCAUGAACGGCACCUACAAACACCAAGAGAUGCUGCAAGGGGACGAAAACAGUGUGGGCAACGGAGUAGCAGAGGACGGCUGUGUGUCACGGCAACUGUGCGGGGGUAACCAGGCUGCCACGGAGCGCAUGAUCCAGUUCGGUCGCGAACUCCAGGCCCUCAGUGAGCAGCUCUCGCGGCAAUAUGGCAAGAACAACACACACAAGAAAAUGCUGCAGGAUGCGUUCAGUCUCCUAGCAUAUUCGGACCCAUGGAACUGCCCAGUUGGCCAACAGCUGGACCCCACACAGAGAGAGGCUGUCUGCUCUGCCCUCAACAGUGCCAUCUUGGAGUCUCAGAACCUUCCCAAGCAGCCUCCACUCAUGCUGGCUCUGGGCCAGGCCACCGAGUGUGUGCAGCUCAUGGCACGGGUGCGAUCCGGCUCCUGCUCCUUCGCCACAGUAGACAACUUUUUGCACUAGCCCCAGUCCAGGUGAUGUUCAGGACGGUUAAGAAGACAGUUGCCAUAAGGAACAUGCUCUGUUGAAUUAGUGUGCUGCUUGCCGCUUGCCAUGGGCAGUCCAGAUGAGGAAUGACUAGAAACAUGAGAAGAGAGGCUUCUUUUUAAUUUAGUAUUAUCAAAUACAGAUUGUGUGACACUAUUUAAAAAUAAUUAAUUAUUAUUCCGUUUAUCUAGUCGUUUUUGUUUUAGUUUCUUUUUUUUGUCGGUUUGUUGUGGUCCUCUUGAAAAGAACCAGAUUUCCCUCUUUUUUGGUUUUAUGGGUGGAUGCAGUGCACAGUAUUCUAAACACACACCAUUUCACAGUAUACAGAGUACAAAACCCUUCCUGAAACCAUAAGAAGUAGCACGUCUCCCUUAUCCAGAACUCAGGUAUUUUCCGAUACGUGUCAUUUUAGCUUGGGAACACGGCUGGAUGAGGUAUUGACUUUACUUAGGUAUACACUAAGCCCUCACUCUUAUAACUGAAAUUCUAUUGGUUACUGUACCACCAAGUUAUGGUUUGUAGGCUUUAGGCAGACCUUCAUCCUGUUGUGGUGGGGGAGUUUUGAUAUCCCCUUUCCAACAGUUUAUACAUUAUAUUUUCUUCCUCCCUCGGAUUGGAAUAAAAGUAAGUGUUCCCGCACAUCUCCCGUUGGAGCUGCCGUUAGUAGCUCAGCUCAGGUGCCAGCACCAGUCGUAUUGAAUGCGAACCACACGGCAGUGCAGCCCUGGCUUCUGGGUCAAACUCGCUGAGUCUGUUUCGUACUGGACAGACAAAAGGCUUACCAAAAGCUACAAAAGGCUUCUAUUUGAAUGGCAAUCUUUAUAGGGUAUCAUGCAGACAUUAUGAAACUCCCAGGUUUAUUUGUUUGUUUGUUUGUUUGUUUGUUGGGUUUUUUUUGGGGGGGGGGUUGUUUUCGUUUUUUUAUAUUUAAUUUGGGGGGGAUUUUAGGUAUAUCAAAAUUUAACUUGUGGGUGUCAGAUGGUGUGUGGUUAUACUGAAUAAAAAGCAUUCAUUUUUGUGUCAAAGGAAAGCGAGGUUAAUAAUUUGAUUCAUUUUGACUGCGCCGUUGGGGCUUGGAAACUGACUUUUUGCACAUGUUUGUGUCCACCGUGAUGACAUUUAUGGUAGGGUUUACCCCUUAAAGAGUGGACAGAACGGAGACAACUUCUGUUGAUUCUGCAUUUGUAGUUGCUGGACUGAUUAACACACUGUUGGAGAUGCUGCUCAGCGGGUGAUGUCCAUGCUUCCGUUCUAUUCCGUCUUUUCCCUCGCAUGCUCCUACUGUUUUUCCUCUACUUUUCUUCUGCUCUCCUGUGCCCCAACCUUUUCCUCCCUCUUUUUCUAUACAGCCCAUCCCCCCCCCCCCCCUCUCUGAUCACCUGUCCAUGACGUUUCGCCACCGUAAGCUCGGACUCCACACACAACACUGACAUGUUCCUGCAGUCCAUUUCUUCUUCCUUUUUCCUUUUCAAGUUUCUCUUUGGUGUCCUCUUGGUUUGUUUUUGGAAGAAAUCUCUCACAUCUGUCUUUUUUUUUUUUUUUUUUUUUUUUUUUUUUUUUUUUUUCAAAAUUCCAGCAUUUUACUCAAAGCGUUCUGCACAUUUCAGUGUCGACAGUUUUUAAUAUGCGUGUUCUUGUAAAUACAGAAAUAGGUUCUGUAGUUUAUCCAGAGGGAGGUGGCUACGUUUUCACUGGCUCUUUCUAAUGCUGCAGGGUAGAUUCUCCAGCAGUCAUGCUUUUCUUUCCUCUCCGAGACCUGAUAAAGAUCAGGAUACACAUAGAUGGGCGCUACAUACCUUCCCAGCAGCAGAAUGUUGGAAUGUUGUGUGUAGUCUUAAUCUUUAAAUGAUUAAUUCAUGGAAGUGCAUUAGAUACGUAUAUUGGCUGUAUGUCAGUGAAUAUGUGCAGCAUGCCGUCCGAGUCCGAGCUUUGCAGAUGACCUCACGCCCCCUCUCGGGCAUACUAACACGAGUUACUGAAGCAAGUACAGCUAGAUCAUUAGCUAGUUCUCAAGCUUAUAGGUAAAUAAUAAGUUAAUAAGUAAAUAUAUUUUAUACUCAAGGCUUCCAGUGCAUAUUUUACAAUAUGAAUACUUCGCUGGCAGUUGUACAAAGCCUCUGGAUGCAGAUCAGUGCCCUGUGGAAGCCACAGGACGUUUUUAUCCUCCAAAACACAAUCUUUUUAAAAGCACAGUGAAAUGCGCAGAAAACAUUUUUGAGAAAGGUGUUGGAAUUUUCCCUCCGAGCCUGGAUUUCACCCGGUCAAGCAAUGGGUGACACUCCGCUGUGUCAAUGAAUGUAGCUUAGCCAUUUACUUCACUGCUGGCCAUGUUGAGAUUGUUGCAUCCCUCUUCUUGCACCCGUGUUGAAUGUGUUGCGUUGUCUUUUCAGGUAGACCACAUUCACAUUGUUGAACAAGCCUGUUUGUCGCAGCAGUAAAUGGUGCCUGUAAAAGCUGUAGAGAAGCCAGGUGUUUCUGACCAGUUCAACCAGUUCACCAAGCUGACCAGUAUGACCAGGGUAUUUGGAGGAAAUGGCCCAGACAUUGCACAUAUACUCCUCAGAGUCUAAAAUAUACCCAUAUUUCACCUUUGUAACCAAUGGCAGCUUAAAGCCAAAAAAACCCCCCAACAACUUAGUUUAAA